UCCUGCGUGUGUUCGCCAACAAAAAAUGACAGAUCUAAAUACGAAUCUCCAAAGUUAUUUGUCAAAGGGGGACCAAAAUAGCGGAUCGGGAUUUGGUAAAUUUAAUUUAGGAAAGCUUAACUUUUUCCAGAAGAAGAACCAAACCCCAGAUGAUGUCUCAGAGUCAAAUGACGUGGCAAACGGCUGGUUUACCCAGGCGAAAGCAGACCCGUGUAUGCCGAGUUUGUCCAAAAAACAGAGAAUUCUGGGCUUUGUGAUGUUUUUACUGAUGGGAACCUUCUGUUUUUCAAUGGCUAGUCUUUAUAUUCCUGUGAUGAUUAUCAGGCCUAAAAAAUUUGCAACACUUUACACUCUUGGAAGUUUAUUUGCUAUUUCAAGUUUUUCCUUCCUCUGGGGACCGAUGAACCACAUAAAGCACCUGUUCUCAGUUCCACGGUUACCAUUUACAACAGCUUACAUUGGAACAAUACUAGCCACAUUAUACUUCUCAUUAUGGGUAAAAAGCACUAUCUUGACUGUAGUAUGUGCAAUAUGCCAAGUAAUCACUUUAGUUUGGUACAUUGUGAGUUAUAUCCCUGGUGGUCAGACAGGACUCAAGUUCUUCUCCAAAGUAUUUUACUCAGUAGCAACCAAGACAGUACAGAAAACCUUGCCUGUUUGACAGAGCUGGGGUUCCACCUUCAUCAUAAGACAAUCUGAAAGUGUUUUUCUAAACAUGUACCUACAUCAUGCUAAUUCACAAGGGUGUCCACUUCUGAGAAGUAAAGUUCUUAUGAGCUACUACUUUAUCUUUGAUAUAUAGAUUUAACAUGACUUUGUAUAUAUAGUGAAUGUAUACAUGUUGUUACUUUACAUGUAUGCUGAACAUUUUAAGAUACUUUUAUUUUGAAUGUUUAAAACAUGCAAGAUAAUAUUUAAACAAGAAAAAAUUAAAUACAAUAUGCAUGUUAUAUUUGGUAAAUAUAUUUCUAAAAUAAAACUAUUUUUGUUA